UGUAGAAGAUACAGAGCAGGUCCUGGUGGGGCAGUCACUGCUGUUGUGUUGUGUGUGGAGAUCUCUCAGAGCAGCAGCCCCUGAUCAUGUGACUCCUCCUCCUCCAUGUGACUGAUCACAUGACGAUGACAUCAUCGCAGGUCCUGUAAGCACACGGCUCCUCUACAGAUACAGGUUCCUAUAAGGUGUCAGGACGUGGCGGUCUAUUUCUCCAUGGAGGAGUGGGAGUAUGUAGAAGGACACAAGGAUCAGUACAAGGAUCAGGUCAUGAUGGAGGAUCAGCAGCCCCUCACAUCACCAGUCAGAUCCAGUAAGAAAACAGCACCAGAGAGGUGUCCCCGUCCUCUUGAUAAACAGAAUAUGGAGGAUAUUACCACAGGGAAAGAUCUGAUCUAUAUUAAUAUUACAGACAUAAAGAAAGAAGUAGAGACAGAUGUGAGCAGUGAUGAGCAGUAUAAGGAGGACAUUUCUACAGGGAAAGAUCUGACCUAUAUUAAUCCUACAGAUAUAAAAGAAGAAGAUACAGAUGUGAGCGGUGAUAAGCAGUAUAAGGAGGACAUUCCUACAGGGGAAGAUCUCAUCUCGAUUAAUGCUACAGACAUAAGGGAAGAAGAAGAGACAGAUGUGAGCAGUAAUGAGCAGUAUAAGGAGGACAUUCAUACAGAGAAAGAUCUGAUCUAUAUUAAUACAACAGAUAUAAAGGAAGAAGAGACAGAUGUGAGUGGUGAUGAGCAGUAUAAGGAGGACAUUCCUACAGGUAACCGCCCAGAUUCUUGUAGCAGGAGAUCAGAGGAGAAUCUUAUAUCUUCAGAUUAUAAAGCAGAUGAUGAUAUCACACAAGAUACAUAUGAAGAACAUUCCAUUAUCCCAGAUACACCCUCAGCCCUUCACAGCCAAGAUCUGUCAUCUCAUCCUUAUAUACAGGUCCUGUCUUCUCAGUCAUCACAGGAUGUUCAGCUAAAUAAAGGUCAUAGAAGGGGUGUUGGACAUCAACAAGCUCAUACAGGAAAGAAACCAUAUUCAUGCUCAGAAUGUGGGAAAUGUUUUACUUCUAAAUCAAGUCUUGUUAGACAUCAGAGAUAUCACACAGGAGAGAAGCCAUUUUCAUGUUCAGAAUGUGGGAAAUGUUUUCCUUUUGAAUCAAGUCUUAUUGUACAUCUAAGAACUCACACAGGAGAGAAGCCAUUUUCAUGUUCAGAAUGUGGGAAAUAUUUUACUCAGAAAUCAGACCUUGUUGUACAUCAAAGAACUCACACAGGGGAGAAGCCAUUUUCAUGUUCAGAAUGUAGAAAAUGUUUUACUCAGAAAUCACAUCUUGUUCAACAUCAAAUAACUCACACAGGGGUGAAGCCAUUUUCGUGUACAGAAUGUGAGAAAUGUUUUACUGAUAAAGCAAAUCUUCUUAAACAUCAGAGAUGUCACAAAGUGGAGAAACCAUUUCCAUGUUCAGAAUGUGGGAAAUGUUUUACUGAGAAAGCAAAUCUUCUUAAACAUCAAAGAACUCACACAGGGGAGAAGCCAUUUUCAUGCUCAGCAUGUGGAAAAAGUUUUGCUUACAGAUCAACUCUCGCUGAACAUGAAAAAUCUCACACAGAGGAGAAGCCAUUUUCAUGUUCAGAAUGUGGGAAAUGUUUUACUAAAAUAUCAAAUCUUAAAAAACACCAAAGAACUCACACAGAGGAGAAACUAUUUUCAUGUUCAGAAUGUGGGAAAUGUUAUACUCGCAAACCAAACCUUAUCAGUCAUCUAAGAACUCACACAGGAGAGAAACCAUUUUCAUGCUCAGAAUGUGAGAAAUGUUUUACUUGGAAAUCAGCUCUUCUUCAGCAUCAAAGAAUUCACACAGGGGAGAAGCCAAUUCAGAGCGAAGAGACAGAUGUGAGCGGUAAUGAGCAGUAUAAGGAGGACAGCCCCACAGGGAAAGAUCUCAUCUAUAUUAAUGCUACAGACAUAAAAGAAGAAGAAAAGACAUAUGUAAGCAGUGAUGAGCAGUAUAAGGAGGACAUUUCUACAGGGAAAGAUCUUAUCUAUAUUAAUGCUACAGACAAAAAGAAAGAAGAAGAGACAGAUGUGAUCGGUCAUGAGCAGUAUAAGGAGAACAUUUCUACAGGGAAAGAUCUUAUCUAUAUUAAUGCUACAGACAAAAAGAAAGAAGAAGAGACAGAUGUGAGCGGUGAUGAGCAGUAUAAGGAGGACAUUCCUACAGGUAACCACCCAGAUUCUUGUAGCAGGAGAUCAGAGGAGAAUCUUAUAUCUUCAGAUUAUAAAGCAGAUGAUGAUAUCACACAAGAUACAUAUGAAGAACAUUCCAUUAUCCCAGAUACACCCUCAGCCCUUCACAGCCAAGAUCUGUCAUCUCAUCCUUAUAUACAGGUCCUGUCUUCUCAGGGUGGUAAGCAGAAUAAAAGUCACAGAAGGGGUGUUGGACAUGAAAGAAAUCACACAGGAAAGAAACCAUUUUCAUGCUCAGAAUGUGGGAAAUGUUUUACUCAGAAAUCAAGUCUUGUUACACAUCAGAGAACUCACACAGGAGAGAAGCCAUUUUCAUGUUCAGAAUGUGGGAAAUGUUUUACUUCUAAAUCAGAUCUUGUUGUGCAUCGGAGAACUCACACAGGGGAGAAGCCAUUUGCAUGUUCACAAUGUGGAAAAUGUUUCACUCAGAAAUCACAUCUUGUUGGACAUCAAACAACUCACACAGGAGAGAAGCCAUUUUCAUGUUCAGAAUGUGGAAAACAUUUUACAUCUAAAACGUGGCUUGUUCAGCAUCAGAGAACUCACACAGGGGAGAAACUGUUUCCAUGUUCAGAAUGUAGGAAAUGUUUUACUUCUAAAUCACGGCUUGUUGAACAUCAGAGAAUUCACACAGGAAAGAAACCAUAUUCAUGCUCAGAAUGUGGGAAAUGUUUUACUCAGAAAUCAAGUAUUGUUACACAUCAGAGAACUCACAAAGGAGAGAAGCCAUUUUCAUGCUCAGAAUGUGAGAAAUGUUUUUCUUCUAAAUCAGAUCUUGUUGUGCAUCAGAGAACUCACACAGGGGAGAAGCCAUUUGCAUGUUCACAAUGUGGAAAAUGUUUCACUCAGAAAUCGCAUCUUGUUGGACAUCAAACAACCCACACAGGAGAGAAGCCAUUUUCAUGUUCAGAAUGUGGAAAACAUUUUACUUCUAAAACAUGGCUUGUUCAGCAUAAGAGAACUCACACAGGGGAGAAACUGUGUUCAUGUUCAGAAUGUGGGAAAUGUUUUACUUCUAAAUCACGGCUUGUUGAACAUCAGAGAACUCACACAGGGGAGAAGCCAUUUCCAUGUUCAGAAUGUGGGAAAUGUUUUACUAAAAAAUCAAAUCUUGUUGAACAUCAAACAACUCACACAGGAGGGAAGCCAUUUUCUUGUUUAGAAUGUGUAAAAAAAUUUACUUCUAAAUCCCGGCUUGUUAAACAUAAGAGAGUUCACACAGGGGAGAACCCAUUUUCAUGUUCAGAAUGUGGGAAAUGUUUUACUUCUAAAUCAAAUAUUAUUGAACACCAGAGAACUCACACAGGGGAAAAACCAUAUUCAUGUUUAGAAUGUGGGAAAUGUUUUACUAAGAAAUCAACUCUUGUUGAACAUCAAAGAACUCACACAGGGGAGAAGCCGUUUCCAUGUUCUGAAUGUGGGAAAUGUUUUACUCGGAAAGCACAUCUUGUUGUACACCUACAGAAAUGUCUGUUUUACAAAAUGCAAAUAGAAUCCAAAUAUACUAUUGAAACGAUAGAUGUUCAAGAUCCAAUUGAUGUUCAGACUAUGACAUCUCUCUUUCAUUCAUUGGAAAACAAAUUAAAAGAAGAGAUGCAGCAGCAUAUUGAUGCCAAUUUCCUUGAACUAUAUCUCAAAGAGAAAAUUACCCCACGGGGUCUAAGACUGACUUUUAAUCCUUCUUUUCAUGAUGAUAGUGAAUAUGUUACUAAUUGGCAUGCAUUGCUAGAUAACUGUACUUUUAGUUUAUUAAAGAAUAUCUGUGAGAAACGAAUUUCACGUUGCAUUACACUCAAUACUGAAAUAUUAAGUUUACAAAAUGAACUUAAAUCUUUUUCUUCAUUCCAUGACUUUGAUAAAAUUAAUCAUAAUAUAUCCACUCGGCUAAUCAAACUAGAAACUGAGUUGAUAGAGAAAAAAGCCAAUAAAUAUAACAGAGACCGCACCGACUAUAACACUGGUGACCCAUGGUCCUGGCAUAAAAAUAAUAACAAUAAUUAUAACCUCUGCAACUCUAAUAACACCAACACCACUACAAACCCUCCCAGAUCAUACUCCAAAGUAUCUGAAAAUUGUCCACCAUUUUCUAAAUCACAAUAUCAACGGGUUACCCCUGGCAACCACAUUAGAAAUCCACGUCAUUUCACCAAUAGUAAAUACAAAUACUCUCGCAACCAUAAUAAAAAACCCGAGUCUGGACAGAGUAUGCCGAUACAUAACACCAACACUCCUGUCAUAUCCACUUCACUACCGACUCGGCCCGAGAACAUUUCAGCCAUAUCCACACCACCAUCGACACAACUCAAUAAUCUUUCUGGCCCAGCACCCUCAGGAACAGGUUUAUCAGUCAUAUCGUGCAGUACCACAGAUUUGUCAAUGACGUUUUCAUCAUGUGGGCGGGGACGGAGUUUUGUGGACUUCGUCUCCGCUCUAAACGAUGAAAACGAUAUGAACCUGAAGUUCACAUGGAAAGUUGGGACGCCAACUUUAGAAUUCCUGGACGUGGAAGUCAGUGUUGCAGAUGCCAAGAAUAUAGAGGAUAUUACUACAGGGAAAGAUCUGAUCUAUAUUAAUCCUACAGACAUAAAGGAAGAAGAAGAGACAGAUGUGAGCAGUGAUGAGCAGUAUAAGGAGGACAUUUCUACAGAGAAUGAUCUCAUCUAUAUUAAUGCUACAGACAUAAAGGAAGAAGAAGAGACAGAUGUGAGCGGUGAUCAUCAGUAUAAGAAGGGCAUUUCUACAGAGAAAGAUCUGAUCUAUAUUAAUGCUACAGACAUAAAGGAAGAAGAAGAGACAGAUGUGAGCAGUGAUGAGCAGCAUAAGGAGGAUAUUACUGCAGGGAAAUAUCUGAUCGAUAUUUAUACUACAGGCAUAAAGGAAGAAGAGACAGAUGUGAGCCGUGAUGAGCAGUAUAAGGAGGACAUUCCUACAGAGAAAGAUCUUAUCUAUAUUAAUGCUACAGGCAUAAAGGAAGAAGAGACCGAUGUGAGCGGUGAUGAGCAGUAUAAGGAGGACAUUUCUAUAGGGAAAGAUCUGAUCAGUAUUAAUGCUACAGAUUUAAAGGAAGAAGAGACAGAUGUGAACAGUAAUAAGCAGUAUAAGGAGGAUAUUACAGCAGGGAAAGAUCUGAUCGAUAUUUAUACUACAGGCAUAAAGAAAGAACAAGAGACAGACAUGAGCGGUGAUGAGCAGUAUAAGAAGGACAUUCCUACAGGGAAAGAUCUGAUCUAUAUUAAUGCUACAGACAUAAAGAAAGAAGAAGAAGAGACGGAUGUGAGCGGUGAUGAGCAGUUUAAGGAGGACAUUCCUACAGGUAACUGCCCAGAUUCUUGUAGCAGGAGAUCAGAGGAGAAUCUUAUAUCUUCAGAUUAUAAAGCAGAUGAUGAUAUCACACAAGAUACAUAUGAAGAACAUUCCAUUAUCCCAGAUACACCCUCAGCCCUUCACAGCCAAGAUCUGUCAUCUCAUCCUUAUAUACAGGUCCUGUCUUCUCAGUCAUCACAGGAUGUUCAGCAAAAUAAAGGUCACAGAAGGAAUGUUGGACAUCCCCGAGCUCAUACAGGAAAGAAACCAUAUUUAUGCUCAGAAUGUGGGAAAUGUUUUACUUUUAAAUCAGGUCUUGUUGUACAUCAGAGAACUCACAAAGGAGAGAAGCCGUUUUCAUGUUCAGAAUGUGGGAAAUGUUUUACUCAGCAAUCACAUCUUGUUAGACAUCAAAGAACUCACACAGGGGAAAAGCCAUUUUCAUGCUCAGAAUGUGGAAAAUGUUUUACUCAGCAAUCACAUCUUGUUACACAUCAAAGAAUUCACACAGGGGAGAAGCCAUUUUCAUGUGCAGAAUGUGGGAAAUGUUAUACUAUGAAGUCAAGUUUUGUUCAACAUCAAAGAACUCACACAGGGGAGAAACCAUUUUCAUGUUCAGAAUGUGGAAAAUGUUUUACUGACAAAUCAAAGCUUGUUAAACAUAAACGAACUCACACAGGCGAGAAACCAUAUUCAUGUUCAGAAUGUGGGAAAUGUUUUUCUGACAUAUCAAAUUUUGUUGUACAUAAAAAAACUCACACAGACGAGAAGCCAUUUUGCUGUGCAGAGUGUGGGAAAGGUUUUAUUGUGAAAUCAAAUCUUGUUCAACAUCAAAGAACUCACAGAGGGGUGAAGCCAUUUAUAUCAGAAUGUGGGAAAUGUUUUACUGACAAAUCAAGUCUUGUUAGACAUCUAAGAAUUCACACAUGAGAGAAGUAAAUUCAGAGCAGUAAAUGAUGCAGAUAACACAUCUAUAUAUUAACCAUGUACAUAGGAUAUCUGACAUUUAUACAUAUAUCAUAUACUGCAUCUCCAAACUUGUUACCAAUUGUUAAUAAAAGUUUUCUUUCUUAUAUGAUUUAUUAUUCUUAUAUUCAUCUCCGCACACUGGACUUAUAAUAAAUGUAAUAUUGUCCCUGACGUUGUAUAUAGGGAAUGUAACGCGUCAGUGUUGUCCCCGCCCCCUUCUCAUUAUGAUUAUAGAGACUUUAAUUCAAGGCAUCAGACAGGAUCCGCGCGUCUCCCUUGAAGAUCGUCUCUUCUGAACAUAAGACGCUGCAGAUACUUUUAUUUAUCACAAACCCUA